AAAAUCCACUGGGAAAUAGGCCUAGACCAUUCCAUCCUUCGUGAUAUUUUGGGAUCCUCAUUAUAUUGUAACACCAGAACAUUUACAGACGACAUACAGAUAUAUAUAUUUUUUAAUGCAAAUUCAUUUAUUUCGGAAGAGGGGGCCUUACUCUUUAAUUUGUAUAUGAUUUUUGGGUUUCUCCACCCCCUCUCUUCAUUGGAAUGGUUGUUCCUUCACACUGCCUACUGUGCCAUGUUGGAUGGAUGUAACGUUAUCGAUGUUGCAGCUGGAGUUACGAAUGAAAGUUUAGAUUUUGCCCUCUGCAAGAUUGGGGUUCCACGGAUUCUUCGAGGACCCUGGGGCAUGGUGACGGUAUUCAACAACCGGGAUCCAAAAAUAUUUCAUUUCUCAGGCCUCUAGCUACCUUAGAAACAACGUAAUAAGACGAUGCAGUUGCAGGCCAUGGCGACCAAAGGCUGCACGAAUUGUAUGUAAUAUUCAAGAGUAAAACAGUUAACUUUGUUUAUCUGGAAAUUAUUUGGGAACAUGAAUAGCCAUCCUCCGCAACGCCGGGUUGGAAAUAUUGGCUCCAUACUCCUCACCCCGCAAGAGAACGAAUGCCUCUUCAACUACCUGGGCAGGAAAUGCAUUACCCUGUGCACAGCGGUGGUCCAGGUGUAUGGGGCAGACAGGAGCUCGUCCUGGGUGAAGAGGUGCUGCGGAGUGGCCUGUCUGAUCAAGGAUAACCCUCUGAGGUCCUACUUCAUCAGGGUCUUUGACAUCAAGGAAGGGAAAACCAUGUUUGAACAGGAGCUCUACAAUAACUUCUCAAUCAACAGCUCGAGGUCCUAUUUCAUUUCGUUUUCAGGAGAUAACUGCCAGGUAGGCCUGAACUUCGCUAGCGAGGAAGAGGCCAAGCGAUUUAGAGCCGCACUGAAAGACCUACUCGGCAGACGGCAACGUAAAACGGAGAAAAGACGUGACCCUGCAAAUGGCCCAGCUCUCCCUAUGGCCACAGUGGACAUCAAGAACCCGGAGAUCAACAAUGUGCGCUUCCACAACUCCCACCAUCAUCAACACCACCAGCAGCAGCCUCAGCCACACCACGUCAACAACAUGCUGCACAGCAGCUUCAGCAAGAAGGAGAAGAAAGUCAAGGGCAAGAGGAAGAAGCUCACCAAGGCUGACAUAGGCACCCCCAGCAACUUCCAGCACAUCGGCCAUGUGGGCUGGGACCCAAACACAGGCUUCGAUUUGAAUAACCUGGACCCGGAGCUAAAGAACCUGUUUGACAUGUGUGGCAUCUCAGAGGCCCAGCUGAAGGACAAGGAGACCUCCAAGGUCAUCUAUGACUUCAUCGAAAAGAAAGGAGGGGUGGAGGCCGUCAAGAACGAGCUCCGUAGGCAAGCCCCACCACCUCCUCCCUCUCGGGGUGGCCCACCUCCUCCUCCCCCACCCCACAGCUCGGGCCCAGCUCCUCCCCCACCACCACCACCACCCCCAUCGCGAGGUGGCCGGGGUGCCCCGCCACCACCUCCACCCUCUCGGGCCCCCACCUCUGCCCCUCCCCCCCCUCCCCCCUCCAGGCCUGGUGCCCUAGGAGCCCCCCCUCCUCCCCCGCCCCCCAACAGAGGGGGCCACGGCCACCACCACUACCAGCCACCGCCUCCACCCUCACACGCCCCCCAGGCCCCACCGCCACCUCCCCCACCAGCAGCACCACCCUCCAGUGGCGGGGGAGCCCCUCCUCCUCCACCUCCUCCACCACCACCCCCACCUGGACCCCCGCCCCCUCCAGAGCUGGACGGUGGUGUGGAGUCGCCCCACUCACCCCCGGGCUCGGGGGGUAAGUCGGCCUUGCUAGAGCAGAUCCGUGGGGGCACCCAGCUGAAGAAGGUGGAGCCACCGGCCUCCAAGCCACCAGCCACCACCGUAGGGCGCGAUGCGCUGCUCGACCAGAUACGGCAGGGCAUCCAGCUAAAAAACGUACCAGACGGCCCAGAAUCGGGCUCCCCUACACCGGCCCCCUCGGCAGGCAUCGUGGGGGCACUUAUGGAAGUCAUGCAGAAGAGGAGCAAAGCCAUCCACUCCUCAGAUGAAGAUGAGGAUGAUGACGAUGAAGAGGAUUUCGAAGAUGACGACGAAUGGGAUGACUAGUAAAGUUUCUCGUCCUCCUCCCCAACACAACUGACACUAAACUGAUCCUAAAAUCUUCCAAAAACUGACUAAAAUUGAGAAUGUUCUAUGAUUUUGCUCUAUUUAUUGUUGCCUUUUUGCUUUUAUUAACCUGUGCAAUACCUUGUUCAUUUAAUCUGUAAAGUGUUGUCACAUACCCUCUGUAGAGUAUCUCUGGUAACACUUUCCUGCGACUCUGUCAUAGAAUGCUCACAUCACCGUUAAAAGCAUGAUAUACAAAUAUUAUAAGCUGUCACAACUGUUCAUGGUAAUACGCUGACUUGCUCAGGCUGACCACCACUGCAUGUGACGCUGCGAGAUUGCUUGUCGUAAGCUAAUACAAGGUGUUAUAAAUCACCAAUGACACCUGGUGUCUGUUUAGGAGGGUGCAAUGUCACGGAACGUCCAGAGAUAGAAACGUAUUGUGUAGAAUAGAUAUGAUUCUCGGUCCUCAAGAAUAGUUCUUAUUCACUUACAGUAUCAGCUAACAUUAUAUUUCUAUCUGCAACGUUCUGAACACUGAGCCCUAUGGAAUAACACAUUGCUGCUAUGUCAUGGUUAUGACAGCCUAAAGACAGCAGGUUCAAGUAGUACGGUAUCUGAUGGAUUAACAGUGUGCAAUUCUAGUUAGGAUAUAUUUGUUUGGUGUGUUCUGUUCCCCUGUCCGUAAAGAAAGGGAGAUGGAGAUAUAUAUAUACACACACACACAC